AUGAAGUUAUCCUUGGAAGAAUGUCAUAUACGAAGUUUUUGUGAAGUAAUGGCUUAUAUUUUAUAUUUUUCACGAUAUAAGUCAGAAAUUGUAAACAAAACAUAUAAUGCUGCCGAUCUGGACGCAUUUAUGAAAAUUGCAGCAAGCUGGCAGAACAAUACAAAAAACAUUAAAGAGCUACAAAUUUUAACAGAUAUGCAGAAUUAUUUGAACCCUGCCAUGAACAUGUACAAAAAACGUGAACGGACACAGAAUUGGAACCACCAAGAAAAGAAAUUUCUUUUGGAACUGUGCAAAAAAGAUAUGAGAAUAAUUGAAAAUAAGAGACUGGAUGCUGGUUUAACAGCAGUUAAAAAUAAAGCUUGGAAAAUAAUACACCAAAAAUUUUCAGCUGAAUUCGGUACAGAUCGUACAUGUAACCGUUUAAAGGAGCAGUGGCGACGGAUGAAAGCAUGUACAAGGAAUGAAAUAUUGGACUAUAACAAUCGCGUUCAAAGAUAUGGCCAAGAAGCUGCUGAUCGUAAAAAACCAUCUCCAUUUACUUUUGAAAUAUGGGAAUUUAUGCAAGAGGCUAAAAGGCAAUGUAAAAGUGAAGCAUUAGAUGGAGUUGAUUAUUCAAAGAUGCCAUUGAAAUUAGAAGAAGAUUUCGAAUUUAAUGAGGCUUUAGCAGACAAAGAUGACAAUGAUAGUGAAGAGCAAAAAAUUAACGAAAUACAUAUUAAAGAGGAAAAUGGUGAUGCUGAAGAUAGUGAUUGUGAAAAUGAUGGUAGCGGAGGUAGCCGACAUAGCAUCGGUCGUCCUGGUUCUGUUGACAGAAUGUCUUCCACCCCACCAAAUAAUUUAGAUGAAUCGACAAACGGUAUUAAUAGCGGUGAUUUAACGAAUAAUCAAGCAAUGAAUAGUUUUCAACAAGAAAAUAGUUUAUCAAAUUCAUUUAAUAUAAGCAAUAUUGCAUCAACGUUAGAGGCAUUAAAUGCAUUACGAAAUAAUUUAUCAAUUAAUCCAUUAAAUAAUGGUAAUGUAAAUCAUUCGAAUGGCAGUGGUGGUGGUAGUAUCAGUGGUGGUAAUGGCGGUAACAAUAGUGGUAACAGUAUUUUAAAUGGUUCAAUUUCACAUGAUGGUCAACCACAAUCUAAAAGACAACGUCGGCAAUCUAAUUUUAUUGAUGAAUCACCACAAAAUGGGACAUUAAUAACAAAUGGAAAUAUUAAUAAUAGUAUUGGUACACAAUCAACUGAAAUGAAAAUAUUUAUGGAAAUGCAAGCGAAAGAGCAUUUAUUACGUAUGCAAAUAUUAGAAACUCAAUUACAAGCGGCCAAAUACAGUCGUGAUAUAGUAGAAAUUAAUAAAAGUAUAGCAUUACAAAAAUUACAUGAUAUUGCAAAUAGGCGCAUGAGUUAAAUUUAUAAUAAGAGUUAAAAUAAUUAAUAAUGCAAAAGUUAAAAGUAAAAACAAAAAAAAAUAUAUAAAUAAUGAACAAAUUAUUCAAAUAAAAUAAAAAAUUAAAAUUAAUGAAAAUAAGAAUUUCUUACUAUAUUAUUAAUUACAUGUAUAAUUUAUAUAAAACAAAAAUACUACUUAUAUCCAUACUUAAAUAUAAUUUUUUUUUACUUUUUAAUUUAUAAUUCAACCAAGAGUAAUUUAAAUGAAUUUUACUUAAGAGUUUUUUCAAAUUAAUUUUAUAU